AUGUCGUGUUACGUACCAAAUGGUUGCUCGGGGUGCUGUUUCGGGACGAAAGCCGAGUGGCAGAAAAGUGGCUUGCAGGAGUUCUUGAGUCGAGGACAGCCGAGGAUGGCCUGGGAGUGGCAAGAAGGUACCAUCGAGAGGCCGAUCCAGCUUGGCAUCUGUCGGCUGCCGGCAACAACUGUCUCCACAAACCCACAACUCUGGAUUCUUGGAAGCAGCAGAGGACUCCUAAAAAUGCACAAGGUGAUCGGGAUGAUCCGAGAUGAUGGAGAAGAUGGGACAAUCGGCGCUGAUCCGACUGCCCACAAAACAAAAGAAGAACAAAAAUCCCCGAAUAGCGUUGCAACUUGUUCGACUGCUGGGGGAUUAUGCGGGUCAUUCCGUCUCCAAAACGUGAACCGCAGUGGUGAGAACCAGAAGAUGCUGCUCUUGCCGAGAGUCGGCCCAAGCCGAAAGGGGAACUGGAAGGGGAAGAAGCCGCACAACGGACCAAUGCAAGAGAUCCGGUGCGUUGCGCUCAGGCGAUGUGGGGCGCAGCAAUGCAAUUUGGUGUUUAUCAUUGGACAGUCUGCGCAGAGGCCCCCGUCGAGAGAUCCAUCGGGCAGCUGGCAGGACCCUGUAACACCGUCGCAACGGCCGCCCGCCCGGACCGUCACAAGACGGGAGGGGAGGAGGAAAACUCCAAGCCCGCCGGGGCAGCAGCAGCAGGGCUUGUUCAUCCUUUUUGCAUGGAAAUUACGACCCAGGGUCUGGGGAUUGCUUCCGGGCAGUGCUGUUUCACCGCCUGCUCCCCGGCGGGGGAGACGCGAGAAGCCAUGGCCGCCCGGCAAGCAGAAGAAAUUGCUGCGUCUUUAUGUCUGCACACAGAGCGAACGCUUGCCCCUUGUCCGCAUCCUUGAACGCCUCAAAGAUGGUUCGUUUGAUCCAAGGCAGCGCAACUCGCACAAGCACCUCAAGAACCUCCUCCCGGACCGCAGGAUCGAUGAUUGGAGGCCCCGCGAUCUCGCGACCAUGUUGGUGCGCGUGCGCUUCUUAAGAUCGCUGAGGGCGGAGCGGAGGAUUAAAAACCGGAAAGUCCGUCGGCGGCGCGAGACACAACCGCGGAAUCCGUUCGGGUACGAUUUGCUCGACGUGCCGGGGACUCGCAUGUCCAUCGAUCAACCCCACGUCGAGCAGCAGCCUGUAUUAUACGCCCACAGCCCGAGCACCGAUAGCCCGUCUACGGUCAAACAAUCCUCGUCCGCCGGGUCAACGCCGCAGGCUAUCAGCACCGGCUGUUCCGACACCUACCUCCGGGACAAGUCACCCUCCCGAGCAUCCUCGACGACCCCUUCAACAAAGUCUGCCAAGCGUAGGUCAUGGGCCUCGGUUCUCUCCAGUAUCUCAUCUGGGAUCUCCAGCUUAGCACGCUCCUCUUCCUCGGCGUCCUCGAAGGGCGCGAAUGUGAACGCAUCCGGCGCCAACACGGCGCUGAGUAAGAUGACGCGUGAGGAGUUUUUGACCAUGCUCCAAGAGAAGCCACGGAAGCCGACCAAGGGGAACGGUACGCCGGCCAUAGGUGGCUUGUUCAAGUCCAAGUAUUCGACUGUCAACCCCACCACCGAGGACCUCAACGCCGCGCUGGUCCGGAUGUGUUGCGCAGCUCAUGUUGGCCGUGGCCCGCCCGGGUGUGUCCAUGAACGGUUGUCCAAGGCGAUCGACGCCCAAAAGACGGACGGUCAUGACUUUACCCACUUCCGCGUUACGGAAGAGGAAGCUAACAUGGUGGACAAGUAUGGGAACUCGCUGCUCCAUGUGGCGGCGAGGUGGGGUGCCCGCGUCUCCAUCCUGCUCAUGAUCCUCAAGCGCACCGACGAGGUCCAACUCGUCAACCACCGCGGUGAGACGUUCCUCCACGUCUUUGACCCGCCCGAGAACCCGCACAUGCGGCCGGUAUCUUUUCUCAACCUUAUCCGAACCCUGCGGUCACGCGGCUUCGAUUUCUGUCACCGGGACGUGGAUAAGCACACGUUCCUGCACCAUUUCGUCGCCAAGAAGGAGUUCCCCAUUGAGACUUUGUACUACGUGUUCAGGGAAGUUGGUUAUGGCGCCGCCCGGUUUCUCGUCGCGAACAAGUCAGCCAACGGCGAGCGGCUAUGGCACAGCAUCCGGCGGAACUUGGAAAAGUCCGCACCAAAACUCCACCGCAUCUUUGGCGAUGAAGUCGAGUUCAUCCGCCGCUACCUUCCCGAGUUCUCCCCCGAGGGUAAAGCCCCUUCAACCGCUGAUACGUCUACUAUCGGCUCCGAUAGCUCCAUCUCGAUCCACCCGACCGAAGUUCCGAUCCUUAGCCUCGGCACUGCGGACCCUAACGACAGCAACGCCCAAAGUGUCCGCCGCACGCCCGUCAUGAAACUCCUCCGGCGUGCUGCCGCGGGUAGGGCGGGGCUGUCGGAUGCCGAACUAACGGCCAAGCUGGAAACCAUCUUCGACGCUGCCGCCAAAGUGACCGACUUCGACAUGCAGGGCUACCUCGGGAAGCGUGACACCGAGGGAAACACGGCGCUCCACUACGCAUCCGAGUUCGGACUUGUCCCGGCUGUGCAAUAUCUUUGCGCCAAGGGGGCGUCGGUUAACGUGUUCAACAACUGCGGCAACACACCGCUGCAGCUGGUAAAAUUCGCCAUCCAGCGGACCGACGUCCGCUCCGACAUCCACAUGGAGGCCCGGUACCUGCGGUGCGCAGUCCUGCUGCUGGAGCAGGGCGCCUUCGACCAGAGCAAGCUGGUCAGCGAGCGCUCCGUCAUCUUCCCCUACGACGUGUUUGACGGCAGCGAGCGCUCCAUCAACAACCUGGUCAGCCAAGGCGUGGCCAGCCAGUGCCGCGGGUUGCACUUGCUAACCUCAUCCGUGCGGCACCACAGCCCUGGAUAUCUCGAAGGGCUGGAGAGCGAGUACUGCUCGCACGGCCAUCAUCAUGGGCAUCUCGGGUAUGAUGAGGCGGGCGGCAGCGGGAUGGGCAUGUCGUUGACGUUCCAGACGUCAGUCCUGACUUCGCAAGAGGCAGCUUCUUGA